CAUCCCGCGCCGACCUGGCCUCGCUGCAGGGUGAGCAUCAUGGCCGCUUGGAGACAGCCCCAGGCCGGGGAGCUGCUGGCCGAGGCCCGUAGAGCGUUCCGGGAGGAGUUCGGGGCCGAGCCCGAGCUGGCGGUGUCGGCGCCGGGCCGCGUCAACCUGAUCGGGGAGCACACGGACUACAACCAGGGCCUGGUGCUGCCCAUGGCGCUGGAGCUUGUGACUGUGCUGGUGGGCAGCCCCCGGGCAGACGGCCUUGUCUCCCUCCUGACCACCUCCGAAGAUGCUGAUGAGCCCCGGCGGCUCCAAUUUCCACUGCCCACAGCCCAGCGGUCAUUGGAGCCCGGGACCCCCCGCUGGGCCAACUAUGUCAAGGGAGUGAUUCAGCACUACCCAGCUGCUCCCCUCCCUGGCUUCAGUGCAGUGGUGGUCAGCUCAGUGCCCCUGGGGGGCGGCCUGUCCAGCUCGGCGUCCCUGGAAGUGGCCACAUACACUUUCCUGCAGCAGCUCUGCCCAGACUCCGGGUCCAUAGCUGCCCGGGCUCAGGUGUGUCAGCGGGCCGAACACAGCUUCGCAGGGGUGCCCUGUGGCAUCAUGGACCAGCUCAUCGCACUGCUGGGGCAGAAAGGCCACGCGCUGCUCAUUGACUGCAGGUCCCUGGAGACAAGCCUGGUGCCGCUGGCAGAACCCAAGCUGGCCGUGCUCAUCACCAAUUCCAACGUCCGCCACUCGCUGGGCUCCAGCGAGUACCCUCUGCGGCGGCGCCAGUGUGAAGAAGUGGCCCGGGCGCUGGGCAAGGAGAGCCUUCGAGAGGUGCAGCUGGAGGAACUGGAGGCUGGCAGAGAGCUGGUGAGCAAGGAGGGUUUCCGGCGGGCACGACAUGUCGUGGGCGAGAUCCGGCGCACGGCCCAGGCCGCGGCUGCCCUGAGCCGCGGAGACUACAGAGCCUUUGGCCGCCUCAUGGUAGAGAGUCACCACUCGCUCAGGGAUGACUAUGAGGUGAGCUGCCCCGAGCUCGACCAGCUCGUGGAGGCCGCGCUGUCAGCACCUGGGGUUUACGGCAGCCGCAUGACUGGUGGUGGCUUCGGUGGCUGCACCGUGACCCUGCUGGAGGCUGCCUCCGUUCCCCAGGCCAUGCAGCACAUACAGGAGCAGUACAGCGGCACCGCCACCUUCUACCUCUCUCAGGCGGCCGACGGUGCCAAGGUGCUGCACUGGUGAGGCCCUCCCCGGGACAGCACCCGGUGGGCAUGGGGCCUGCCAGGCAGCACGUCACGAAGCUCCAGGCCUCUGGCGCCUCUUGCCCUCUGCAUCUGGGUGCUCAAUAAACUUGUGCCUCCCACCACGAUAA